AUAUAUUCAAAGUUUACAUUGAUUAAAUUAUAAAAAUCGAAUCAGACAUUUACACUGGGUUAAAGAAUUUCGGAAAAUUUGAAUCGCGUUGAGAAAUUUAUGUAAUUUUGUUUUUUUUCGAGACGAUAGUCGUUGCAAUUCUUUAUAAUUGCAGACGUGUAUCGAUCCGAAAAUAUCGUCCCGGCGACGGGGGAUUCGAAGAGCUCCACCCAACGGCGACUUGGCAAAGCGCGAGUGAGUAUGUGUGGAAUUACAUCCUGCUGCAGCAUUCGUUUGGAAUACGAAAGGAACAUAAUAAACAGAAAAGAAAUGUAAACAAAGAUCGUUAAGGUGAACGUUUUGAUGUUAUGUAACCAUUAACACAAAAUUAGUUAUCUUUUAAUCAGUUAUUUUAAACAGAAGCCGUUUUAUAUAUAAUACUCAACAUCAUGGCGUCUACGGACGAAACCAUUGUUCGUCCGGCUUCUGGGGGUUUGGGUCUUUCGCAGCCACCACAACAAACGGGUUUUCCUCCCGAUAAUUUGCAUAUGCUGCAGAAAGCUAUCAGCACGAUGGAAGAAAAGGGUAUUUCCGAGGAUCCUCGUUACGUUCAGUUAAUGGCUAUGGCUAAUCGUAAUAAGGCAGUAACGAGUCCCGGAGUGCCGACUCCACCCGGAGGUGGUAGUCAUAGCCCCAAUAUGGGCCCCCCUCAGUCGAAUUCCGGUACUCCUAGCCCUAGUAUGGGUCCUCCUCCCCCUCCACAGAAUCAGCAGGGUGGAAUUCAUUCCAAUCAGGUUGUGCAGAAUAACCUGGCAGCUCAGAACCAUCCUCAGCCCUCUGCCUCUCCCCAUGCGCAGAGCCAGUCCCAGGUGUCUCCCGGUCAGCCGUAUCCACCUUCUCACAUGAUUCCUCCUCCUUCGCCUUCCAAUUCUUCCAUGAGUUACAUGCCGCCGACGCAGCACUCUAACAUGAUGAUGGGCCAGACGCAUCUCGGAGGCCAGAUGCACCAGCAGUCUUACGGCGGCGCGGCCCCCUACCACCAGCAACCUCCUCCCGGGACGCCCAAUCACGUGGCGUCCAACGUUCCCACGCAAUCCAUGGGAGAGAUGGAACAGAAUCAUCAUCCUCAUUCGGGAUAUGCGCAGAUCAACGGACCUCAGGGUUCUCCUUUGCCCGAUAGUGCCCUGGGUGCUCUGCCUGGAUCGGUUUUGGCCCAGUCUGGAUCUCCUGGUAUGCAGAAGCCGAUGCUUUUGUCCACGGCACAGAUGCACCAACUACGUGCCCAGAUUAUGGCUUAUAGAUAUUUGGCUCGGAACCAAGCGAUUCCCGAAAAUGUAAAUUUGGCUUUACAGGGUAAACGGAUGCUACCGAAUCAAUCUUUCCAGCGACCGCCCGGUGCACCUUCGCCCGUUCAGCCGACUGUUAGGCCUUCCACUCCUAUGAAUCAGACGUCGCAACAGCACGGAAACACGAUGAUGGGACAGCAGAUGAUACCUGGGCAGACACCAAUGCCUGUACAUGGUCAUGUUAAUUCUACAAUACAAAUACCUUCUCAAAUGAGUGGUCAAACAUCUCAUAGUAACAUUCCAAAUCAACAUUCACCAAUGGUUACACAUCCGAAUCAAAUGAAUAGCAACACUCAACCUCCUGGAUCUGUUCAGAGUGGCAAUAUACAGGGUCGCAUGCAGCAGGUGGGUUCGGGAGGACAGCCGAUGCCCAUUCCCGCAAUGAUGCAAAUGCAGCAGCAGAAACAAAAUCGAAUUACUCCAGUAGCUAAACCUCAAGGCAUCGAUCCUUUAGAAAUUUUAAAAGAAAAGGAAAAUAGAUUAGCUGCUCGCAUUGUUCAUAGAAUUGAAGAACUUUCCAACCUGCCUGCUAAUUUACCUGACGACUUAAGAGUCAAAGCCAUGAUUGAACUGAGGGCUUUACGAUUAUUAAACUUUCAACGCCAGUUGAGGUGUGAGGUAGUGUCGUGCAUGAGAAGAGAUACGACAUUAGAAACGGCACUCAAUCCAAAACUCUACAAGCGUUCGAAGCGCCAAGGUCUUCGAGAAGCUCGAAUCACUGAAAAGCUCGAAAAACAACAAAAACUAGAACAAGAAAGAAAACGGCGACAGAAACAUCAAGAAUAUCUUAAUGCAGUCCUUCAGCAUGGUAAAGAUUUCAAAGAAUAUCAUCGAACCAUCUUAGCUAAGAUUGGAAAAGUGAACAAAGCUAUAGUAACUUAUCACGCCAACACUGAAAGAGAACAAAAGAAGGAACAAGAGAGAAUAGAAAAAGAACGUAUGAGACGUUUGAUGGCUGAAGAUGAAGAAGGAUACAGAAAACUUAUUGAUCAAAAGAAAGAUAAGAGAUUAGCAUUUUUGUUAUCACAAACAGAUGAAUAUAUAAAAAAUCUGACUGAAAUGGUGAGACAACAUAAAGCUGAUCAAAAACAGAAAUUAAAAGAGAAGAGAAAACAGAAAAAGAAGAAAAAGAAAAUGCAGCAGAAAGAAGGAGCGGGAGAAAAUGGAGAAGUACAAGAAGGUCUCAUAGAUGAAAGUUCACAACAAAGCGAUUUACAUAUUAAUGUUAUUGAAACAGCAACUGGAAAAAUGCUCACAGGAACUAAUGCUCCAUUAGCUAGUCAGCUUGAAGCUUGGUUAGAAAUGCAUCCUGGUUAUGAAGUUGCACCUCGCGAAGCCAGCGAUGAUGAUGAAGAUGAUGAUGAUGACGAUACUUCGGAUUCUGAAGAAGAAGACGAAAGCACAAAACCAAAGGCAACUAAUGCAACCAAUAAUAAAUCUGAAGAAGACAAAGCCAAAGAUGUUAUACAUGCAGCACAAGCAGAAGAUGAUGAAUAUAAAAUAUUUGGAGGCUAUCAAAAUUAUUAUAACAUUGCUCAUGCUAUUAGAGAAGAAGUUAAAGAACAGUCCUCCCUUUUGAUUAAUGGUAAGCUGAAAGAAUAUCAAAUCAAAGGUUUGGAGUGGCUGGUCUCGCUUUAUAAUAAUAAUUUAAAUGGAAUAUUAGCAGACGAAAUGGGAUUAGGCAAAACCAUACAAACAAUUGCUUUGAUUGCAUAUUUAAUGGAGAAAAAGAGAGUCAACGGACCUUAUUUAAUUAUAGUUCCAUUAUCCACACUAUCAAAUUGGAUGCUAGAAUUUGAUCGUUGGGCUCCAACUGUGAUAAAAGUAGCUUAUAAAGGUUCACCAAACGUCCGGCGACAAAUUUCUCAACAGUUGAAAAGUAGUAAAUUUAAUGUUUUACUCACAACGUAUGAAUAUGUAAUCAAAGACAAGGCCAUCUUGGCAAAAAUACGUUGGAAGUAUAUGGUUAUAGACGAAGGACAUCGAAUGAAAAAUCAUCAUUGCAAACUAACGCAAGUUCUUAAUACCCACUAUACUGCUCCCCAUCGUUUACUUUUGACAGGAACACCUCUACAAAAUAAACUUCCUGAAUUAUGGGCCCUUUUAAAUUUUCUGUUACCAAGCAUUUUCAAAUGCUGUAAUACUUUCGAACAAUGGUUUAAUGCCCCAUUUGCAACUACCGGAGAAAAGGUAGAAUUAAAUGAAGAAGAAACCAUUCUCAUUAUUCGCCGUUUGCAUAAAGUCCUUCGUCCUUUCCUAUUACGUCGCUUGAAAAAAGAAGUUGAAUCGCAACUCCCAGAGAAGGUAGAAUAUGUUGUAAAAUGUGACAUGUCUGCUCUUCAGCGUUUAUUAUACAGACACAUGCAAACGAAAGGUGUCUUGCUUACUGAUGGAUCCGAAAAAGAUAAAAAAGGAAAAGGUGGAACUAAAACGUUAAUGAACACCAUAAUGCAACUUAGAAAAAUAUGUAAUCAUCCAUUUAUGUUCCAGCACAUUGAGGAAGCAUUUGCAGAACAUUUGGGAUGCUCGAGUGGAAUUGUACAAGGUGCAGAUUUGUAUCGAGCAUCUGGAAAAUUUGAGCUAUUGGAUCGCAUUCUGCCAAAAUUACGUCAUACUGGACAUCGCAUACUGCUGUUUUGUCAGAUGACUUCGCUCAUGACCAUAAUGGAAGAUUAUCUUAGCUAUAGGGGUUUCAGUUAUUUGAGACUUGAUGGUACGACUAAAUCGGACGAUCGAGGACAUUUGUUAGAACUUUUCAAUGAUCCGAAUUCUCAAUACUUUCUAUUUUUACUUAGUACUAGAGCCGGUGGUCUUGGAUUAAAUUUACAGGCAGCUGAUACCGUUGUGAUUUUUGAUUCUGACUGGAAUCCCCAUCAAGAUUUACAAGCUCAAGACAGAGCCCACCGUAUCGGUCAGCAAAAUGAAGUACGCGUUCUUCGUUUGGUCACAGUAAACUCUGUAGAAGAAAGAAUUCUUGCUGCAGCUAAAUAUAAACUAAACUUAGAUGAAAAAGUAAUUCAGGCCGGGAUGUUUGACCAGAAGUCUACUGGUACAGAAAGACGUCAAUUUUUGCAAGCCAUUUUGGCACAGGAUGAGAUUGACGAAGAGGAAGAAAAUGAAGUUCCCGAUGACGAAACAAUCAAUCAAAUGAUAGCAAGAAAUGAAGAUGAAUUUGAACUAUUUCAGAAAAUGGAUUUGGAUCGAAGAAGAGAAGAAGCUCGUAAUCCAAAACGUAAACCUCGUCUUAUGGAAGAGGACGAACUUCCGUGCUGGUUGGUGAAGGACGAUGCGGAAGUUGAAAGAUUAACCAAUGAGGAAGAAGAAGAUAAAUUAUUUGGUCGUGGUUCUCGCCAGAGAAAAGAGGUAGAUUAUUGUGACAAUUUGACAGAAAAACAGUGGUUAAAAGCCAUUGAAGAGGGGAAUCUUGAGGAAUUAGAGACAAAAAAGAGGCUUCGACGAGGGCAGGGUAGAAAACGCAAAAGAGAAAUUGAAAUAGAGGAGCCUAAGCAAAAAAAAAAACGUGGUAGACCUCCUUUAGAAAAGUUAACUCCAAAUCCACCUAAAUUAACAAAACAAAUGAAAAGGCUUCUAGACAUAGUUAUUAAUUAUAAAGAUAGUGAUAGUAGGGUUUUAAGUGGUGCUUUCUUGCAAUUACCUUCUAGAAGAGAACUUCCUGAUUAUUAUGAAGUAAUUAAAAAACCAGUAGAUUUACGUAAAAUAGAACAGCGUAUUGCAGAACAUCGUUAUCGCAAUUUAGAUGACUUAGAAAGUGAUUUUAUGCUUCUGUGUAAAAAUGCACAAACUUACAAUGUGGAAGGUUCGCUAAUAUAUGAAGAUUCCAUUGUUUUACAAUCAGUAUUUACGAAUGCAAGAGAACGAUUGGAAAAGGACGGGGAAUUAGCCAUAACUGGUGCAGAUGACGACAGUGAUGCAGACAAUGGCGACGAUGAUAGAGAAGAUGGACUGGAUGAUGAUGGUGUGGACGAUGACGACGACGAUGACGACGAUGAAGAGAGCCAAGGAAUGAGAAUGAAAAUUCGCCUUAAUAAAGUAGCAGAAGGUUCGUCGCGGAAGGACAGAGCAAGGAAGAGAAAGGGACGUUCGAAUAAGCGAUAUCUCAGUGACGACGAUGAUUCCGAUGAUACUGAUGAAUAAACAAUGAGAAUCGGAGAAUAUGUACGACACCAGUAGAGAAACAUCAAGAACUCUCAGUGAAAUUAGGGACAAGAAAUGGUUAUUUUUGAUUGUUUUGUGACUGACUAUUAUUGUUUUAGUGGUUAUAAUUUAAGUCUAAAUUCAAAAUGACAAACUGUUGUUUUAAGAUCAAAAUUUCUUUUUAUGCAAAAAAAAAAAAAAUGGAAAAGAAACAAAAAAAUUAUGUUCCAAAGAAAGAAAAUUUAACUUAUUAAGCUCAAAGCUGAUGUUUAUUUGCUUUUUUUACAUCAAAAUAUUUUGUAUCGGUGAACAAAUUUUUAUUACAAAAUGAAAUGUACACAGAAUCUCAAUUUAGUCAUGUUUGGAUGAUGUACAUAUGUAACAUGUGAUUGGAUUCCAUUAUUAAUUCAUUUUGACAUGGAAUUGAAAUUGUUUUUAAUAUCUUAAAAUAUCUAAAAAUGAAAAAAAAAAUAUUAAAAAAUUUUUAAUUGUUAUAUUAUUUGUGGGAAACAAAAUUUCAUUGCAUGUUGGAUAUAUAUAAAAAAUUAUCAAUUAUAAAAUGCAGUUAGUGCUUUAAAAUGUCACAUGUGCUGCUGGAUCUGUGCAUAUUGACUGUAAUAGUGUACUUGUCGAACCUUCCGAUGCCAUUAGUAUUUAAUUUUUAAAUUGUUUCUAAAUUCCUUGUGUGAACGUGUUAGUAGGAUGCUGUGUAAAUAAAACGUUUCUUCUUUGCCGUCAGUAAGAACAUCAAAAAAUUAAGAAAAAAGCAACUUGAUAAUUGGAUUGACGGCAUUUACUUUCCGAUAUCGGUUCAUUUUGGCAGGUUUUAAAUCAUUUAUGUGGAGUAGAGUAUUUUUAAUUUAUCACCUUUCUUUGUUGUGAAAGUUAAUUAUUUUUUAUUGAUUUUGUGUCUGAAUUUCACUACCAUUCUAAGUUUAUUUUAAAUUACGUAAUCUGUUGUUGAUAUAACUACAAUACUUGAUGCAGUAUUUUGUAGUAGUAUUGAUUUGUGUUGUGCAAUUGAAAUAAAAAUGUACAUUCACCAAGAUAUCAGUGUAAAUUUUGUAUUUAUCUUAAAGUUUGUUUCGGCUAUGGACAGAUGUGUAACGGCAAACGAUACGUAACCGUCUCUGUGUGGACGAUGGUUCGGGUUGCCUGUAACUGCUUGUAAAAUAUGCAUUUUCUUAGACAUGUUUUUAAGUAUAUUUAUGUGUAUUGCAAUUAUUUUUCUUUCAAACCAUUAUGCUGUUUUUUAAAUUCUUGCAUUGGUCAACGAGCGGUCCUACAAUCGUCGUACCUGUCAUUUAUCUUAUUUAUAGUUAUGGGUUGGGAAGAAAUUGCAUGUUUAAUUCUACAAAAUUCUUGUAAGCUUGAAAAUUUAUCAGAAUAUUACAGAGAAUAAUUAAAGGAAAUGUUUUUUUUUUUUUCUAGUACAAACACAA